AUGUGGUGGGUUAAAGAACGCUCAUUUCAAAAUGUGACCCGGAUUGGGAAUAUGAAAGCCAUGACCGGGGCUCUCGAUCAGAUGCGUCUACUUGUUUUAGAGAGGUUAUUCAUCUUUUUUGCAGAAGUCGACUAUACUACCCUGAGUGAAGUCCUUACCAGUGAGUUUACUCACGUGCAAUAUGUCCCAAUCACUGCCACGGCUCUACUAAUCGCAUGUGUACUCAUCAACCGAAGCAUCCCGAUGCUGCAACCGCAGGAUAUUCUGGGAUCGGUAAUGAAGGAGGACAAUCGGAGUUUCAAUUAUUUUCCAUCCGUGCCGGAAAAGUUUUUACAACGCUUUCUCUCAUUCCCGUCACACGUUGGCCCGGACUAUUUCCUAAACCUACCGACCCUGGUAGUAGUUGAGAUGAUGCUCACUUUCACAGCAUUGAAACCUGCUGUACUGUCCCGUAUGAAUCCGAUUGUACUUGGAACAAAAGGUCCAGUUAUGCGAGCAUGGACAAUUUUGGCAUCUGCUCUGCUGGAACGUGUCACACCUGUGCACACCUGCCUGCUGCUUUGUUGUCCGGGUUUUACUGAAAUCUUGCAAAACGGAGAUGUUGUCUGGAUCAGGCUGGCUCAGUCCAUGACCGUUUGGAUGGCAUCGUUUAUCCAAGGUACAGAUGCCAAUUUGUGCCGUCGUCUAGCAGAUUCUGUAUUUCGAAUGCUCAGAAAUCUGCAGAAACCGGACAACGAUGUCAUGUUGGAACUGGAGACCUUCGAAACCGAGAGACAAAAUUUCGUCCAGUAUGCAAUCGAAUGUUUGUCCAUGUGUCCGCACAGACUGUCUUGUUCUUUGGUGGAAUUUCUGAACAACAGUGUUAUCAAAAUGUUUUGCUCUGCGUCCCGCACACACGGUUUGCACCAUUUGUAUCGAGUGGAUACUCAGCCUCCCAUGAACCCAGAACAACAUUGCGCCUAUUUCAACAUUGAACCGAUGGAAUUGGAGACGAUCCUCUCACUCGGGGUUUUGGUUCUUGGUGCGGAUUCAGUGCUGCAGUGCGCUACGGGCUAUGACGAAAUACUCCAAGGGGCUAUUUUCACGGAUCCUCACUUUUUAUUGGCACUGAUUCAAAACAAUCCACCGAGUCAGCACGCAUAUCUAAUUCAAGUGGCCUCAGUACUGUGUUUUGUUUUUCUGCAUGAUAUCGAGGACAAUACAAAAGAAAAUACCCGAUGGCCUUCUUUGAGUGAUGAUGGCUGUGUGGACUUUUACUGUUCGGUGAGUGCAGUAAACCAAAUCAUGUUUAAAUGUUAUACAACAAACAACUUUACCAGGUAG